AUGUCAUGCGAAAAUAUUGGAGAUACGAUAAUUUUAAACUUUUACCUCGUUCUUUCUUUCUUGCUUUUUAUCUUUAUCUCUUUCUUCCUUCUUAAUUAUAUCUUUCUCCUUCUCUGUUUUGCUUUUUUAUCCUUUCUUUCUUUUGCUGUCCUUCUCUCCUGUCUCUCUGUAUCUAUCUACCUCUUUCUUUUUUCUCUUUGUCUUUCAAUAUCUAUCUGCCUCUUUUCUUUACAUUCUUUUUCUGCAUACCUCUCUCUAUUGCUUUUCGCUCUUUCUAUUUUUCUUUCUCUUUUCUUUCUCUAUUUCUUUCUUUCUUCCUCUCUUUCUUUCUUUAUGUCUCUCUCUCUUUCUGUUUCUUUCUUUUUUCAUUUCUCUCAUUCUCCCUUUCUUUCUUUCUAUUUCUUUCUUUCUUUCUCUCUUUCUUUCUUUAUGUCUUUCUUUCUUUUUCUAUUUCUUUCUUUUUUCAUUUCUCUCAUUCUCCCUUUCUCUCUCUUUCUAGUUCUUUCUUUCUCUCUUUCUUUAUUUAUCUCUUUCUCUUGUUCUUUUUCUAUUUCUUUCUUUUUUCUUUUCUCUCAUUCUCCCUUUCUUUCUUUCUUUCUUUCUUUCUCUUUCUUUCUUUCUCUCUUUCUUUCUUUAUCUCUUUCUCUUUUUCUUUUUCUAUUUCUUUCUUUCUUCAUUUCUCUCAUUCUCCCUUCCUCUCUCUCUCUCUCUCUCUCUCUCUCUCUUUCUUUCUUUCUUUCUUUCUCACGGAGCUCUUCAUCCUGUAACGUUUUUCUUGGUAAAAUUUCUUUGUAA